GUUCAUAACGCUAAGGGUUGUUUCUUUCAACCCCGUUUCAUCGGCGAGCAAUAUUAUCCAACCAAACUGCCCGUCAGGGUAUAAAAGCCUUGGAGGUGCAACCAUCAGACAUCAUUCUCAUUACAACCUUGCUUGUGAACACAUCACAACACAAGACAACAUCACAACACAAAAAAUGGCUCCUCAAAUGGAAUUCGUCUCCAAGACUCAACAUUACCUGAAAGUCAAGAAACCUCAGCUGGAACGUGAACGACGUGCCCGCAUCAACAAAUGUUUGGAUACUCUCAAAGUGUUGGUGGCCGAUCUACAAGGCAAUGGCAAUAUCUUGCGUAUGGAUAAAACUGAAAUGUUGGAAUCGGUUGUGGCCUUCAUGAGGACACAAGUACGCAAACCAAAGGCUCCCAUGGCUCCAACGGUACCCAUGGAUUCUUAUCGUCAUGGCUAUAUGAAUGCUGUCAAUGAAGUGUCACGCAUCAUGGCUGCCACACCCGGCAUGAAUGUCCAAUUGGGCAAAGCGGUUAUGACUCACUUGGGUUGUGCCUUCAAUCAGCUGACCGCCAGCCCAGCGUCUGUGCAAAAAUCUCAAGAUCAUCAAAUGUAUUCCGCUGCACCCAUGUCUCCUGCCUCCUCGGGUUAUCACAGUGAUGAAGAAAAUUCAUCGGUUGCCUCACCAGCUCCAGUUGCUGCUUCUCUAUGGCGUCCUUGGUAGAUUGUUUGUUCAUCCAUCUACCAUAGAAAUGAAACUCAAAAGCUUUACCGAGAAUAUUUGGCAUGCAAACGACCAAGACUGCAAUAUUCAACCAACUUCAACUGUGAUAACCAUUAUUUAGUUUUAAGAAGAUUUUUUUUAAGUUUUAAUUUUUACAAUUAUUUUGAAAUUAGUACAAAAUGAAAAUGCUUUAUUAUUUGUUUAACAAAUUUUAU